AUGUGCGUCAUGUCCCCACGAGCUUGCAAUACAAACUAUUAUAUUAGUAUCGACGCCAAUCAAUUAGAGCUCGAUCUGAAGAAUAAAGACAGCGCUCUCAACAUUGAUCUCUUCUGCCACCAAAUAUCCAACGCCAGCAGAGGACUUCAGUAUUACUCUGGGAUAGAGCAAUACGAUCCUUGCGUUUCGAAGCCCGAGACUUGGGCCGAAACGGCAAAUCGGAUCAUCCAGAAAUCCCAGGCUGAGAGAACAAAGGCCGCCCACCUGCGAGUCGACGCCGAGACUUUGAUCAAUCGAGUGGCUCAGGAGAUGUGGGACUCGUGGAACAGCAGUAACAGCGCUCUGUCUCGAAGAUGUACAGAAUUGGUGGAAGCUAAGAGCAAACUUCANUACAGUAUAUAUUAUACACCUUGA